AUGACUUCAUUUUUCUUCUCAAUUGACGGUCAUACUCUUCAAAUAGUAGAAGUCGAAGGAACGUUAACAAAACUCUCAAAACCUUAUCAUCGUAUUCCAAUUCACGUGGCUCAAAGGUAUUCAAUAAUUCCAACUCGAUUGCCUAAAUUUAUAAGCACAUCAAGUUUCCUGAUUAGAGGUGAAAUCAACAAAAAUUCAUUUCAAUCAUCCGCUUUGGAAACUGGAAAACUUAAUGAUGUAAUAGCUAUUUUGAGAUACGAUACAAAAGAUCCUGAGUAUCCCACCACUUUUCCUUGGAGUUAUUAUAAGAAUAGAAAAUAUGGUAAAACGAAAUACUUUAAAUUGGAAGACAUGGAUUCACUGGAAUUGGAACCUUUAAUUGAAGAAAAUAUUCCAGCAUCUACUAAUUUAUAUGAAAUGACAAUGAUUAUAUCUCGAUUCCAUAAUGUUACCAAUAAUGUUACGAAUAACGUUACGAAUGACGUUAUGAAUAUGACUAAUCAAAACAUUAAUGUAUAUAACCAAGAUGGUUUAAUUGAUGGUGCUAUAUAUUCAUCAAUUUGUUCAAAGAUUAGAGGGACCUAUGUUUAUCAACCAAAUAAAACUACAUCGACUAUUAAAGAAGUUUUAGAAGGGAGGUUAAAAAAGUUUGAUCAUUAUUGGAACGCUUAUGUAUUUAAAAAGAAUAAUAAUGUUAUUGAUUUUCUUUUAAAAAGAAAUGAAUCCACUCCCUACAACAGUGAAAGAUUAUCAAAUACGACUAGCCCUAUAAACCGAGAUACAGUGGCUGUGCCAGCCUUAGG